AUGUCUUUCAUAGAGCACUCCAGUUUGUCUGCCCUGAACGAUUCACGAUAUGACUGGACCAUUUCUGUACGCGCUCAAGCUAUAUGGCAAGGAAUUAAUAAGCAAACCAAAGAAUUCAGAGGUCUCAAUGUUGUAUUUAUCGAUGAUGAAAAUCAUAGGAUCCAUGCUUUCAUCGCUGCUACCCUAACUGAUAAAUUUAAGAAAGACUUGGAGGAAGGAGCACUUUAUGAAAUAUCUAAUUUCUCUGUGAAGUUCUACAAAGGGGAUGAAACCUAUAGAGCAGUUAGGAGUGGGAAACAUAUUUACUUCAACACCGAUACUCUUUGCUCUAAAGUUGUAGACACCUGUUUGAAAAUUCAGCCGCUCAGUUUUGAUCUGUAUUGUUUGGAUGAUGUUUACGCUUUGAAAAAGGACAAUCGCUUCCUUAUUGAUGUGGUAGGUGUUGUUGAUGCAAAGCCCACAAAGAUUGAGUACACAAAAGAUGGCAUCAAUGGGUCGAUUGUCAAGUUCACUGUCACAGAUGGAAAGUCUUAUCUUAAUGUUACUUUCUUUAAUGCUUUUGGGGAUACUCUUCUCGAAGCAUUUGAACAGAAAAAAGAGGAGCCUGUCAUAAUCAUAAUAGCAAGUGGAAAGAUUAGCGAAUGGAAUGACGAGGUUAGUUUAGCUAAUUACCCCGCAACACGAUUCUACCUCAACAACAAUCACCAUUGUGUGAAAAGAAUCCGUACAAGUCUUGCGGAAUCAACUUUCUAUCAAAUUGAUUUCAUAGAAGAAGCUGAGGACGAGGUUCCGAAAUUUAAUGUCAAAGAGCUCCUUAGUCUGAAGGACGAAUACAUAGAGGUCAAUUUAUAG